AAGAUAGAUUUAUGAAGAAGGGAAGGGCAGUAGCAGUAGAACUCAAGAAACUUGAAAACCCCUUCCUCUAUAUAUCCUUUCCCUCUUUCUUUUCUCAACACACCACACGCUGCCAAUUUUUAUCUUGCGCCGCGCCGAUCUAUUCAGAAAAAUUGAAAUCCUGAUACCGCAGGGUUGUGGAAGCUAGAUACUGAUUAGAUCGUUCAUUUGGAGAAAGAGAAAACCCACAGUACUAAUUUCUAUUAGGGAUUUGAUUUAAUUCAAUACGAUUUGAUGGUGAUUUAAUUAACCGAAGAGGUUGCCUUGGUGUGUGGGGGAAGAGAGAGAGAGAGAGAGAGAUCGGAAAAUAUGUCGUCAUCAUCAAACUCGCCGUGCGCGGCGUGCAAGUGUCUGCGGCGAAAGUGUACCCAAGAGUGCGUGUUCGCGCCGUAUUUUCCUCCGGACAACCCUCAGAGGUUCGCUUACGUGCACAAGGUUUUCGGCGCCAGCAACGUGGCAAAGCUGCUCAACGAACUCAGCGCAGCUCAGCGAGACGACGCCGUUAAGUCCCUGGCUUACGAGGCUGAAGCGCGUCUCAGAGACCCUGUUUACGGUUGCGUGGGCCUCAUCUCCGUCCUUCAACACAAGCUCAGGCAGAUCCAAGUGGAACUCAACAAUGCCAAAAAGGAACUCGCUACUUAUAUUGGUCCUCAAGCUAUGCAGGGCAUGCACGCCCCCAUUCUCCAACACCACCCCAACAACCCCUUUUCCUCCACCAUUUAUGGCAACAUGCCGGCGGUGGCGGCCGCCGCACACGGCAGCCAGUUAAUGAUUCGGGACGCUCAGCCACAGCAGCAUCAGAUCUUGGAGGCUCAGCAGUUGGCUGCGGCUGUGGUAGCGAGAGAGCAGCAAGAGAUGUUUAGGAGUUAUGAGAAUCAACAGCAACAGGAGUUUCUGCGGUUCAGUUGUGGGUUCGAAGUUGGUUCGGUUUCUUCUGGUGGUGGGUUCAGCCAGGUGUCCCCAGGUGCUGCUUCAGCUGAUCAGUUGUCUCCCUCGUUGGCUUUGGGAUCCUUUGACAGUGCUUACCACAUGCAGCAACCACAGCAAGGAGAACCUCAUCCUCAUCCUCACCCUCUUCCACUUGAGGCACAGCUAUUGCUCCCUCCGCAGCAGAAGCAAGAGUCACAACUUCCCCUUCACCAGCAACAGCCCGAAAACGAGGAGUGUAGGAGUGUUGGUCCAUCUUGUUGAUUUCCAAUUUUGCAGCUCUUGUGCCUAUAUGCUUUUUUCUGAAACAAUUUUCAGCCUAGUUUUUACCUGCCGGAUAGAAAUGGAUAGAAAGAGAGAGACGCGUGAAGCAUACAUGCGAGAUUCAUUAAUCCGCAUCGGUUUGCUUGGCUUUGAAGAGACUAACAACGUAGACACGAUUGGAAAAGAGUAAUUAAGAUCUUCGCUGAUCUUGGAUAUCUUUUUUUUUUUUUUUUCUCUUCUUAAAUUCAAUUUAAAGCAGUUGCCAUGUUUUAUCUCUCUUCUUUUUGUCAAAACAAAAAUUGUAAAUCAGAAUUCAGAGAGCUUUCAAAAGCUUUAAUUACU